AACAACAAAACAUAUCUCUGGAUUUGUGUUUAAAAUCUUGUCUUUAUCAGGAAAUUUUAUAUUUCUACAUCGGUCUUGCUCAAUACGGACAUGGAUGAAGACUUCUUCUUAACCGACUUCUCACUCAAAGACAUUGAUUUCGACUUUAAUAUUUAUGAAGAAACUAAUGUAUCGCCUGUUGAAGCGAGCAUACAUACACAAAGAGCUCAGUUUAUUGAUCAUCAAGUUCCUCUUAAUUACCUCAAAGAGAAGCCGAAGCCUUUCGUGAAGAUUAAUAACAAGCCACAAUUGAUUUCUUUUGAUCUUUCUAGUAAUGUUUCUUCUUCUCCAGCUAGGGAAGAUAUCAUUAUGGAUCAACUGGUCAGAUGUGGAACCAAACGAAAAUCAUGUUCUGCCAAAAGAUCUCCAGCUUUCGCUAAAGAACAUGUUAUAGCCGAGAGAAAGCGUCGUGAGAAGCUUUCCGAAAAAUUCAUUGCCCUCUCAGCACUUCUUCCUGGUCUUAAGAAGGCGGACAAGAUUACGGUUCUUGAUGACGCAAUUGCACGUUUGAAACAACUCCAAGAACAAAUAAGAAAGCUCAAGGAAGAGAAAGAAGCAACAAGACAUAUGGAAUCCAUGAUUCUUGUGAAGAAAUCUAAAGUGUUUUUCGACGAGAAAACUUCCCUACCAUCUUCUUCUUGUUCAGAUAAUGAACAAUUUGAUCAACCGUUGCCACAAAUAGAGGCUAAAGUGGCCCAAAACGAGGUUUUAAUCCGAAUUCACUGCGAAAAGAGCAAAGGGAGCAUGAUUGACAUACUAAAUACAAUCGAGAAUCUUCAACUGUGUGUCGAAAAUAGUAUUGUAUUGCCAUUUGGAGACUCGAUUCUUGCCAUAACCGUCCUUGCAAAGAUUAGGAAAGAAUUUUCAGUGAGUGCAGUUGAGGAUCUUGUAAGGAAUCUGAGACUCGCAAUGGCUUAAGCCUUCUUUCAAGUUUCAGUGGCUGUAGAGACUGGAACGGCACCAUUUUCUUGGAUUUGCUGUCGUUUUCAUUAUAGGAUUUUUUUCACAAAUUCUACCACGUUUGUUUGGUGUUAGAUGUAUUUUGUAGCGAAGUUCUUGUCUCAAUUUGUGGUUGAGUCUUCCAUUGAUACAACCGAUGAAAAAGCAAUAGAAGUAUGAU